CCGCAGGCGGCCCCACGCCGGUGCGGCCGCUGCCGUCGCCGUGAGGUAGCGGCGCGCCCGCCCCGCGGUGCGGCGGAGGCGCCGCCAUGGAGCGGGAGGCGGCGGCGGAGGCGCUGCUGUCGGCGGCGCAGGCGCACUUGGCGGCGCGGCGGCUGUCGGCGGCGGAGGAGCUGUACAGCCGCUUCAUCGCCCGCUGCGGGGGGCCCGCCGGCGGCGCCGCCCCCCCAGGCGCCGGCCGCGACCUGGCCACGGCCCUCAACAACCGCGGCCAGAUCAAGUACUUGCGGGUGGAGUUCGCCGCCGCCGUGGAGGACUACACGGCCGCCAUCGAGUGCCAGCCGGGCUUCGAGGUGCCCUACUACAACCGGGGCCUGGUGCUCUACCGGCUGGGAUGCUUUGAUGAGGCCAUGAAAGAUUUCAGGAAAGUAUUAGAGUUAAACCCCCAGUUUGAAGAUGCUGCAUUGAGUCUAAAACAGGCUAUUCUUGAUAAAGAAGAAAAACAAAAGCGGGGUUAUUGAAAAUGCAGCUAGUGGUGUGAAAAUGGUUUGCAAAACACGUGAUUUUUGUCAUUGAUGGAUGAAACACAAGGUCAUUUACAUCUGUUGUGACCUACUGAAGAAACGUCAUUCUUGGGCAAAUAAGUUAUGAUUUUGAUUGCAAAAUAAACUAUUUUUGGAUAUUGUUAGUUGAGGAAAAGCGUAAUGUUAGAUCUACAUGAGAUACUUGUACAGAAGUGCUUCAUAAAGAUGUUGGAAGCUCAGUAACAGCAAAUGAAGUCUGUAGUUCUCUUAUUAAAACUGUGUUUCUGUACUCUUUCAUGGAUUGUUUUAAACAGUCUUUCAUGGGGAAGAAAAACUAUAUAAAACACUUAAAUACUUAAGACUGGAGCUUGUGAGAAGUACAGUGAUUUAAUAAUGAUAGUGUUUGUCCACAUUUAAAUGUAAAUUUGAUUUAAGCUAAAAGUGCAGUUGUUAAUUGUAAGGUGCUGGCCUUGAGAUGCUAUGGUAACUGAUUUCUUUUCAGAGUGUUUCUGGAUUAAGAAACAAAUUUAACAGAAACAAUGAGAUCUUUUUAGGAAAUAUCAUCUGUACCUUGCAUGAGGAACAUGGUGUAAGAAUUCAGUCCUACGUACAUUUGUUCGCUCCUAGAGGUUGUUUUACAUUACCUAAACAGGUGGGAACAAGGCAUACCUAUUUUUUUGUAACCCUAUUGCAAAAGUAUUGGGCAGAUUAAUAAUUGAAUGAAUAAAAAUGAACACGUACUUUUUA